AUGGAAGAGGAUCAACGUCGUCUCUCGCAGCAAUUCGAUGUUCCGGGUACCGCGCAUCUACAACCCGGGUUUGGACCGCCGUUCCAGCCGAACGGUGCAACGUUGGAUCAUCAAGCAGGAUCGCCCACCCAGCAUCCGCCAUCCCAUAUCACGGCGUCAUCAAGCCAGCAUCCGCCAUCGCUUUUCACGGCGUCAUCAAGCCAGCAUCCCCCAUCGCUCCCAAUGCCGUCAUCACAGACGAAUUUGUAUCAAAGCGGUGAGCCCACAAUGUUGCAAUUGAUCCAGCUCAUGCAGCAAGUAAUGACCAAGUUGGAGCAGCAGCAAUCGGUAUCACAACCGCAGUCAGCAUCACAGCCACAGCAGCAGCAGCAAUCGGUAUCACAACCGCAGUCAGCAUCACAGCCGCAGCAGCAGCAUCACCAGUUUCCCUUCAAUCCUGAGCAAAUCCUUGAUUCGUUGGCCAGGAACAUCACGGAAUUCCGUUUCGAUGCUGACGCAGGCGUAACGUUCGAGAAAUGUUAUUCGCGUUACGAGGAUUUGUUCGUCAGAGAUGCAGCCAGGAUUGACGAUGCGGCCAAAGUGCGCUUACUCCUGAGGAAGCUGGGUCCGUUAGAGCACGAAAGGUAUGUGAACUAUAUUCUUCCCCAAAAACCCCGUGAUUUUACGCUCGAGGCAACCAUUGCCAAACUAAAAUCCAUUUUUGGAAAAACAGAAUCCUUGCUAACUAAGCGUUACAAAUGCAUGCAGUUAGUAAAGAGCAAGAGUGAGGAUUUUUUGGUGUACGCAUGUCGCGUUAAUCGGGCGUGCGUGGAUUUCGAGCUAAAUGGAAUGAGCGAGGAACAGCUCAAGUGCUUAGUUUUUGUCUGCGGACUGAAGGAGGAAACGGACAAGGAUUUUAGAGUGAAGCUGCUCACUCGCAUUGAAGAGCGCCCCGAUAUCACUCUAGAGCAAAUAUCGGCGGAAUGCAACCGCAUUGCUAACCUGAAGCGUGAAAAUGCAAUGAUCACUGGUACGUCCUAG